GAAGCGCUGUAACUGAGUGAAAGAAGGCGGUCAGUCCGGCGUUAACAUCACCUUGAAGGUGUUCAUUCAGUUGAUAAACUUUACAUGUUAGAAUUAAACUAAAUAGAUUAAGAUAUAACAUACAUCUUCAGAAAUCCAGAUUUAUAUAUUUGCAUCGGAAUUAUUUAUUUACAUUUUAAGAUGCAACAUUUUGUGUGAAUACUAUAUAUAUGUAUAUAAAAAGUUGAAAAAUAUCAGAAAAAAGAUAAAAUAUCAUCACGAUGCAUCCCUUGCUACCAUUGAUUUGUGUAACAGCCACGCUGUUUAAAACGUCCAUGUCUCAAAGCAUAAGCUGCUCUAACCCGGCAGAUGUCAUGUUUCUUAUUGAUGGCUCGGACAGUAUAAACCAACAAGAGUGGAACCAGGAGAGGAACUUUGUUGCUAGGAUGAUACAGGCGCUUGACAUCAGUCCUAGCACUAUAAAUGUCGGGUUUACUGUCUACAGUUCUAGUAUCGAUCGCCAUCUUGGAUUAACUCCCUUUAGACCAAAAAUAGUUCUAAACGCAAUGGCUAAAAUGUUGGACCAUCCAACAGGAAUCGCCACCAAUACCGCAGCAGGUAUAAAGCGCGUACACGAUGAAUUCCGUAACCAGCCGGCCUCGCGCAGUAGCGCGCCAAAAAUAAUGAUUGUCAUUACAGACGGAUCGUCGGAAAAUCCAGCAGAAACAAUCCGACAGGCGCAAAUGGCAAAAGCCGACGGAAUACGAAUCAUUGCUGUCGGCGUUGGCAAUAAUGUUUUCCUAGAAGAAUUACAAGAAAUAGCAACAAAUCAACAGAAGCUUUACAGAGCCCCAGAUUUCGCAGCUCUAAGAGGAAUAGAAUCUGAGAUUAGGAACAUGAUCUGCAGAGUAAUUACAACAACAAUGUCACCGAGGUUUACAUUAAUUCCACCAACACCACCACCAGAGUUUAUCCCAGUUAGCGGAGACCGUCUAUGUAAUAACCCAGCCGACAUAGUUUUCGUCGUCGACGGCUCAGACAGUAUUAAUGACUUAGAUUUCGUGAGAUUGAAGACUUUUGUAGCCAACUUAAUUGACAACUUUGAGAUUGGUGCAGAUGCAAUUCAUGUUGGUAUUAUUGUUUACAGUACUUUGAUAGGAGAAAAAGUCGGACUUUUCCCGCCAAAGAAUAAAUUUAUCUUGAAAGCUCUAGCCAAUAACUUGGAGCAUCCGAAAUUCGGUACUGAUACAGCGGCUGGUAUCCAAGCAGCUCGUGAAAUGAUCAGUCAACAAGGUCGUGCAGACGCUCCGGAAAUGAUCGUUGUCAUCACAGACGGUCGUUCAACAAAUCCAAGAAACACAAUAGUUCAAGCAAGUAUAGCUAAGGCCCAGGGUAUCACUAUGAUAGCUAUUGGUGUGGGUCAGGAUAUUUUCUCCGAGGAGCUGAACGAGAUAGCUAGUAGUCCAAAAUAUGUCUCCAAAGUCGCCGAUUUCCGAGCUUUGUCAAACACCGUCAACGUAAUGAGAGACUUAAUCUGUACUUCAAUUACAACACAGGCAGUGAGCACAACAACAAUGAUGCCGCCUACACCCCCGCCUUAUAUCCCACCCCCUGCAGACGGACUUAUUUGUAACGUACCUGGUGAUGUCACAUUUAUUCUUGAUGGUUCAGACAGUAUUGCCCCCAAUGAUUGGAUAAGACAAAGGAAUUUCGUGAAUAAUCUAAUCAACAAUUUAGAGGUAGGACAACCUUACAUCCACGUGGCUGUAGUUGUGUAUAGUUCUACAAUAGGAGAGGUGAUUCCCCUCAUACCGUAUAAAUCCAAACCGGUUCUCAACAUGCUCGUAGCAAACCUCACGCAGCCGAGAUUCGGUACAGACACCGCCCUGGGUAUCCAGAAAGGGAGAGAAAUCUUGAAGAUGCAAGGCCGACGAACAAACACCCCAAAAGUUAUAAUUGUCGUUACUGACGGAAAAUCUACAUUCCCGGAUAACACGAUGAUACAGGCCAAUAUGGCAAAAGCUGAUGGUUAUACAGUUAUAUCUGUGGGUAUCGGGGCUGACAUCUACUCUGAUGAACUGGUAGAUAUUGCCAGUUCUCCAAGCCAAUUCUUUAAAGUCAUAGAUUUCGCUUCCUUGUCCAACAUUAUUGCUGAAUUAAGAGACAGAAUUUGCCAAGUUGUCCAGACCACGACAGAGGCCCCGCCAACAACACCUCAACCAACUACAACAACAACACAGAUGACAACACCGUUCCCUGUUCGUCUGGAGCCAUGUAUUGAGAGUCGAACCGAAGCAGAUAUCGUUUUCCUGCUUGAUGGACAAAAGAAUAUCAGCCCAUACAGCUGGAUGAUGGGAACUCACUUUGUCUCCAACUUUCUCGAUGGAAUUGAGAUAAGACCAGAUUUCGUGCACGUGGGUGUAGUCAUUUCAGAUCGCUUGAGAGGCGACGAGAUUGGAAUUUCUCCAUUUAAAUCAAGAAUGCACAUGAAAGAACUGAUUCAUGGUCUGAUGCGUCCAAGUGGAGAUAUGAACACGGCAGCGGGACUCCGGGCAGUUCAAGAUAUAUUUAGAAACCAAGGCCGUAGGAACGCCGAAAAAGUUGUGGUGUUCGUAACUGACGGAAGUUCCCGAUCUAUGGCGGAAACAAACAUGGAGGCUAGCCGCUUGAAAAGCCUGGGAGUGGAUGUUGUUUCGGUGGGUGUUGGAGACAAGGUCAAUCUUGCUGAACUUACCCAAAUGGCAACAAAUCCUGCGUUAACUCUAAGAACCCGGAACUUCGAUCAAUUCUUUGGACUGUUGCCAAGGUUGCAAAAUGUCGUCUGCGAACUGUUAAGGAAACCAGAAACAACAACGAUACAGACAACAACACCUAGUCCAGGUUUAUGCGACGGCUGCCUUAUUGACCAGGGUGUUGGAUUCAACCCAUAUCCCGGAGAUUGCACAAAGUUUGUUCAGUGCUGGAAACAAGGUGACACUAUCAUGUCGCUCGUGCGCUCGUGCCCGUUCGGUCAGUUCUGGGACGCUGAUGCCAUCACGUGCAGACCAUCGUUCCUUGUAAUGUGCACUGCAGAUCCAUGUAGGCAAUCUACGCCUGGUUUUACCUAUGGUAUGAAGGAAUAUGGAUGUCGGGCAUACUGGAAAUGUAUUGAUGGAUUCAGCGUUGGACAUUGUUGUCCCAGGGGCAGUGCCUAUGUUGAGGGGAUGGGCUGUCUGGAGAGUAGGACGUGCAAAGAAGAGUGUCCGCCUAGUGGAGGAAUCGCUGUCAAACCAAUGUGUGACAAGAAACCUCACUGGGACAAACGUUACUACAUUGAGAUCGUAUACGGACGCGGAGAAAUAGUCCGUCCCUGUCCGGCUGGAACUAUUUUCUUUGAAGACAAAUGCGCGUGUGAUUUCGGCUUGUCCGGUCUCCUUCCUACCACACCUGAUGUUUUAUGUCAGCCAUCAGCCUUCUUCCCGUUCGAUCAAAAUCUACAUGACCAAUCAUUGCACCGUAUUAAUGUCGGCUUAACCAACAUGCAGCUAACAGAUCUCGGUACAGCCUACUUUAAUGGACAUAGUGAAAUGAACCUAUGGCGUUUUGCCGGAACUGACUGGGGUAACAAGCUUGUGAUAAAGUUUAAGUUCAGGUUUGAUUAUAGUAACAAAUUUAUCGACUACGGUGGCUUGCCUGUAGAUCUAGGAAUAGAUUUCGAUGUUAACAUGAACCUGAUCAGUGACUAUCACAUGACUGAUAUGGAUUGGAGACUAUGGAACCAACUCAGGAAAGUAAGAACGCUCGACGACUGGCGACAGCUUCUACGAGAAUUUGGACAAUCGCGAACAUUCUACAUUUUCCUCGGAACUCUUGGCUUCAAACCCGGAACUUCCAAUUCGUUGCAGGUAGUGAGAAUUCUGGGUACACCGGAAGCGUAUGCCGCGUUCCAGGCGGUGCUAAACCGAAUGACACCGGAUAUGUUAAACGGCGUUAAUCUGAACGAAAAGUCGUCUGCUGGUUUGAAGGGAAUUUUACAACAGCUGAGGGGAAUGAGGGGACUUAUCAACUGGGAUUUUAUUAUCGCGCAACUUAAAGGUGAAGGUCAUACAAGCGGAAGCGGCAGUUCAACCGGCAGUGGAACAACUGUUGUUGAUACAAUAAACGUUAAUGGUGAAAAUGUGCCAAAACCCGGAACAGGGGAAUGGAGAUGGGACGGUAUUUCCGGUCAAUGGGUCAAGGUCACAGGAGGCUCUUCCGGUAGGGACAUAGGAACAGGUACAAUGACCGGCACGAAUGAAAAUGUACUAAAUAUUGGCGGAACGGACGCGGCGUCUGAAUGGAGGUGGAAUAAGGUCACUGGCCAGUGGGAGAGACUUGUUGCGGCUCACACCCCUGGAGGCAGUACGUCGUCUGCUGACGUUCAGAUCGUGAACGAGAUGUCGGGAGGAAGCAGCGGGGGAUCGAUCGGCUCGUGGCAAUGGGAAGCUGCUGGUUCCAAGGUGCCUAUUACGGGCUCUGGUGCGUCUUUCAAUAUGUCACAGGCAGUAACAGGUAUGGGAGGGAUGACAUGGAAUGAUAUUGUGCGAGAGUUGGCGAGAAUACAGAAUACAACUUCCGGUACAUGGCAAUGGAGUACAGUCGGUGGAUCUAAGAGCGGCUCCAUAGAAGCUAACAGGCAAGCAAUUGAAUCUCUUCUGAAUCAACUGAAGCUUAGCGGUGGACAAACCGGAAAUGCGUCAUGGAAAUGGAAUGUUUCCGGCGGAAGCGCAGGAAGUGGUAAUCAGGGAGCGUUUCAAAAUGCUAACAUGAAGGCAAUAGAAGCUUUACUUGCCCAAAUACAACAAGGAUCAAAACAAGCACAAGGUGGAAGUUCUUCUUGGCAGUGGGGUACUUCCGGUGGAAGUGCAAGUGGUGGCAUUAAUGAAGGAUCUCAGGCUGCAAACAUAAAAGCUAUAGAAUCUCUACUGGCGCAAUUGAAAAUGACAGGGGGAUUGGGUGGCAGUUCAUCCGGAAAAUGGAGCGCUUCCGGUGGAAGUGUCAGUGGUAAAAUCUCUACUGGACAACAGGCAGAAAACUUGAAAGCUAUAGAAGCUAUGCUUGCACAAUUGAAAAUGGCAAGUGGACAGGGAGGAAGUUCUUCUUGGCAAUGGACAUCCACCGGUGGAACAGCAGCAGGUCAAGAGCUUGAUAUGGCUAAACUUAACGCCAUUUUGAAACAGAUGCAGGAAAUGGGUAAAUCAUCAGAUCGAGGCUCUAUUAACACUUCCGGUACUUUUGUUACUUCCGGUGGACAGGCUGCCGUAAUCACAGGUGGUAUGGGUAAUAAUGCUGGUGGCAACACGAAUUCAAAGAGAACUAUACAGGUUAGACAAGAAAGACAACAGCCAUUGAUCACAGAAACGAUCACAGGUGGGCGUGUUGUAGGCGGAGCAUUUGGAGGGGCGGGAUCAGGUGGAGGUCAACAAUCUGGUAGCGUGUUAGUUCAAGAGACUUCAAGUCGACGUGGCGACCUAGGACAGGUUGGCGGACAGGUGGGCGGACAGAUGGGCGGACAGGUGGGCGGACAGAGUACCAUACAGGGAUCGGGACAGUUUGAAACACGAUUUACAUCCGGAAGAUCUCGUCCAUCUACGUCUAAUUCUGGCACAGUUGUUUCCAUUGUUAAACAAACAGUUGCUGGUGAGGCAGGACCAAGUAUACCUGAUAGAUCAGCUCCACGUGGAGCGGAAGCACGUGGUGUUAGGAAACAAGAUGAAGGCCGUAUUGUUGGUAUAAGCGUUCCUGCUCAUAGUGAAUUUGUCUCUGGUGCUACCGUCAUUGGCAGGGGAGAGAAGGCUGUUAGGGUAACUAACACACAACCCGGAAUUCGCAUCAACGAAAUAGUACAGGAAAUCAAUCCAACGAUGUUUGAAGCUACAGGAGGAUUUACAAGUGGUGGUACAUCCGGUUCCGGUUCAUCAUCAUGGCAAACUUCCGCUUCCGGUCAAGCAGGUGGUUCAUUUGGCGCAGCUUCCGGUGGCUCAUCGUCUGGUGGCUCCGGUCAAUUCGUUGGACGCAGGAUAAUUACCGACGCUACCGGAAUGGCAGGCGGAGAUUUCACACAGAUGGGCAAGGUUGUCGGAUCAGGAGGCGGAGUCAAGAGAGUGAUUGACACCAAUAUUAAAAGAAUGCCAGCAGGGGAGGUACAGUUUAACGCGGAUGGCGGAGUCAGUUUGGAAUCUCUUGGUCUUGGAGGUGCUGAAGGCGCAAAUAUUAUCCGACAAACAGUGAGGGUAGAACCUGUCGGUAACGGACAAUUUGUCGGAGCAGGUGGUCAAUUCCAAAGUAGCAUGAGCGGAUCAGCUGGUGGCGGAUCUCAAGGAUUUAUGUCCGCUAAUACUUUAAACCAAGGUUCGAGUGGCUCAGGGCAACGUGGGUCUUUCUCGGCUAGUGGAUCUACAAGCGGAUCGUCCGGAAGUGGAAUAUUUGACAUGAAUGCACUGAACCGUGGAGCUGGUGGACAAAUGAGCGCACAAGGAAACUCAAACCUUUUCCCGUUACUUCCUGUGUUUGCCGAUAGCGCAGAAAAUAUUAUGGACGGUCUUGGAGGCAAGCGAAAACGCAGGUCUACACGAAAUUCACGUGCAAAGCGAGCUACAAAUAAACAGAAUUACCAGGCCUUAGUUACCAACUGUCAAGGUCAAGACGGACAAGGACCUUCUAUAAUGGUAGUAGCUAAUCAAGGAGAUGUCCAGUUUGCAUUAAAGACAUAUAACCAGGAUCCUGCAGUUAUUUCCGUGCCUGCUGUUGAAGGUUGGAAUGACGUCACAUUAAUUUAUGAUGGUAGAGAGUUAACAGGCGUCGUAGAGAACUGGAAGGGUCUUCAUAAGGCCUCAGUCAGUCUACAAGGGAACGUGGAAAGAAGACAGGCCGGAUUAUUGGUCGGUUCCUGUCAAGGUUUUGCCAGUUUCCAUGGUGAAAUUGAUGACCUGAGUGUAUAUAAGUGCUUGACCCCGGCCAUUGAGGAGUUGAGGGACAGAAUUGUUCUAUAGUUUUAGAAUCUUCAAGUGGCUUUGAAUAGCACACAAUGUUCUCAUUGCGCAUGCGUAGUAUAUUUAAGCGUUAACAUUACUAAAGACUUGUUUAAAUCUUCAGCAAAUUGUCUGAAGCUCGCUAACGUCGCUUGUUUUAUUUAUUUAUAUUGUAAAGUUAUUUUCAUUUUUCUUCAAAUACAACAUCAGUGAAAACUAUAAGUAUGUAAAUAAUGUAUGUAUAAUUUUCAAUAAAAUCAAAUGAAAAUUUUAA